AACAAAGUCAAGCCAGCAAAGGGGCAAAAUAUACACUGACACUAACCCCUCACAACAAAGUUUCAAUUCUUCUCUCCCUCCCGGACGCUCAUUUCUUCCUCCACUUCAUGGCCUAAUUGAUCCCGAAUUCAAUCUCGUUUCCGGGUUCCGCGACCUAUCAGUAUGUUCCCAUCUUUCAUCAGCAUCGUCUCCGUAUAUGGCAGCUAUCUCCGCCGCUGUUUCAUCUCCGCCGGCCUCUCCUCUCAAAAGAUCGAUGUGGAUGACCAGACCACCCUCCACUUCUGGGGCCCCAAAAAAGAAACCGCCCGCAAGAAGCCCUCCCUGGUUCUAAUCCACGGGUUUGGGCCGAUGGCCAUCUGGCAAUGGCGCCAACAAGUCCAAUUCUUGGCCCCUCACUUCGACGUCUACGUCCCCGAUCUCGUCUUCUUCGGUGCCUCCAAGACCAAAUCCAGUGAGCGAAGCGAGGUUUUUCAGGCGGCCUCACUGGCGAAACUUCUUGACAAGUUAGACGUCAAGAGGUUCCAUGUAUUGGGGACCAGUUAUGGCGGCUUCGUGGCCUACCAUUUGGCCAAAAUGUUAGGGGAAAGGGUAGAGAAAGUGGUGAUUGCGAGCUCUGGCGUUAAUAUGAGAAAGAGCGACAACGCGGCUUUAAUGGAAAGGGCUAAACUAGACAAGAUCGAGGAUCUCAUGUUGCCCGCCACGCCCAAACAGUUACGCAAUUUGAUGGGCUUGUCCGUGUCCAAGCGUCUCAAUAUGUUGCCUUCUUUCUUCUUGAACGACCUCAUAAACAACUUAUAUUCAGAAAAUAGGAAGGAGAAGAUGGAGCUUCUGAAAGGACUAACGCUCGGAAGGGAUGAUGCCGUGAACCUGUCACCUCUUCAACAGGAGGUUCUGAUCAUCUGGGGAGAACAUGAUCAGAUAUUUCCAGUAAAGAUGGCCACUGAACUAAAGCAGCAACUGGUCAUUGGCUUCAAAAAAUUGCAGGGUAAUUGGUAAGAAAGCCAGAUUGGAAUUGAUAAAGAACGCAUCACAUGUGCCUCAAAUUGAGAAGGCAGGAGAAUUCAACAAAAUUGUCUUGGAUUUUUUGCGCGCGGGGUCCUAAUUAAUGCAUGCAUGAAUGUAAAUUUUGUGACUUGCUAUUUGCUACAGAUAUUGUGAUGUAUCUGAAGGAGAUUUACUAAGAGCCGGUGUGCAUAUAAUAAUGAUGAUGAUAAACAAUCAUGCCUCCUUUAUAACCUGGUGAUCAUUUAUAUAACUACCUGCCCUCGCUUUUAUUA